AUGGAGGAGGAGGAGGCUUCGGCGGAGCUGAUCAGCCCCAGGAUCUCCUUCUCGCACGACCUCGCGGUCUUCGCCGCGGCAGCGACGACAUGUCCAGGCACCACUCUGCUUGAGCCAAGGCGGUCGGACGCGUCCCUCAUGUCGCGGCGGAGGCGGCGGCGCGCGCCAGAGCCGGAGUUCGACUUCGCCAACGCGGCAGCCGCCGACGUCGCGCCGGCCGACCGCCUCUUCGCCGACGGCAAGCUGCUCCCCGUGCCGCCGCUGCCGCCGACUACUCCCCACUCACGCGCCAAGCCGCCCCAGGCCGCGGCGUGGCAGAGGGCGCCGCGGUCGUGGGCGUCCCCGUUCGCGCGCAGCAGCAGCGUCAACUCCGCCGGGGCGGCCGCGUCGGGGGCGUCAGGGAGGUUCACCUGCCCGGCGUUCCCGCUCAUGCGGAGCCGGUCGACCGGCUCCGCGGCGGCCACGGUCGGCGCCCACCAGCGGCCGCAUUGCAAGAAAGUCGCUCCGACGACGACGACGGCCGCAUCCGGUGGCGCUCACAGCGGCAACAGCGGUGGCGGUGCGAGGUCGGUUUACUACUACGGAUACGGCGGCGGCAGGAACGGCAGCGACGGCCAUGGCGGCGGCGGGGUCCGGGUGAGCCCGGUGCUGAACGUGACGUCCAUCGGCACCAGCGUGGUGAACAUGCUGAGCCACCUGCUCUGCGACUGCGGCGAGAAGGCCGGCAAGCAGCAGAGCAGGGGCUUCGGAGUGCGCUGCUGGGUAACCAGAUAG